UUGACUAACGUUAGUUCCUUUUUUUUUUCCCCCAUUCCAAAUGGGUGGUGCUUGCUAUUACUAAACAUAGGUUUCCACGCCACUUUUCUAUUCUGUUACAAAGCACAUAUCAUCACCAGAUAAAGAGCCAGAAGAUCGCAUUCCUGACUGCGAUACUGCAGGUUCAGGUGGGUCUCACUGCACAGGAAUGGGGGAGCCCAAGUCCCCCAAGUUCCUCUCUGCAGAGGAAGAACUGAGUUACUGGAAGGAGCAGUCUGCAAAACACCAGCAGAGGGGAGGGGGUUUUGUAGCUGGUUGGUUGUGGGGUAAUCCCCCCUCCUCUCCAGGGCAGCGGAGGCGCAGGAGGAGCUGCAGGAGUUCCAGCAGAUGAGCCGGGACUAUGAGGCCGAGCUGGAGGAGGAGCUGAAGCAGUGUGAGGCUCGGAACCGCGAGCUGCUGAACCAGAACAACCGCCUGCGCAUGGAGCUGGAGAGCUACAAGGAGAAGUACGAGGCCCAGCACUCAGAGGCCUUCAGACACAUCUCCACUCUGGAGGGGGACCUGGCCGAGACCACGGCCAUCAGAGACCAGCUGCACAAGUACAUCAGGGAGCUGGAGCAGGCCAACGAUGACCUGGAGAGAGCCAAGAGGGCCACCAUCAUGUCUCUGGAGGACUUCGAGCAGCGCAUGAACCAUGUGAUCGAGCGGAACGCCUUCCUGGAGAGCGAGCUGGACGAGAAGGAGAGCCUGCUGGAGUCAGUGCAGAGGCUGAAGGACGAGGCUCGAGAUCUGCGGCAGGAACUGGCUGUGCAACAGAAGCAGGAGCGGAGGCCGAACCUCACCCUGGGCAAAGACACCGACUCCCUGCCCCGGUCCCUGUCCAACCUGCCCCCGAUCCUGGGCUCGUCCGCCCCACCCCCCCGCAGCCCCCUCACCUUCACUGCUUCCUCACCGUCCUUCCAGCGAGCUGAUAGCAUGACGGCGUCCUCCCUCACCACAUCGGCCCGGAUUUCAGCCCUCAACAUCGUCGGGGAACUGCUGCGGAAAGUGGGGAACCUGGAGUCGAAGCUAGCCACCUGCCGGGAUUUUAUGUACGACCAGAAGUUGAGCAGGGUGACGCCCACCGGGGGCCCCAGGACAUCUACCUCCUCCCAAGACGGUGUGGAAAACCCACCCAGUGCCAACGGCAUGCCUGCUUUUGAGAAGGGGUUAGCGAAGCGGCUGGACUAUGGGCCGGGCCCCAAGAUUCUCCUGUGAUCACACCUUACAGAUGCACACUCACACCAGAGAGAGACACACACACACAGACACACACAUGCACCACGCACCCACCAGAGAGAGAUGCACACACACACACACACACACACACACACAACCCUGCACUUUGCUGCGUCCACAGCAGGCCUGCCUGUCUCUGAAUGGCCUUUGGCUAGCCCCUCCCCCAGCCCCCAGCCCCCACCCCUGCAGAUGUCCCCAAAGGCCUGACUCUUCCUCCUGCUACUCAGAACCUGGGGUUGGGUCGGGUUUGUUCACAGAUGUACCGGAGACCUGAAAUUAACCAACCCAGCGAUCAUCCCUGCUUACCCAAACUGACCUUCUCUUGAAACGAGUAGAGGGGCGGGGCCUGCCAACGAUGGGCAUUUGGCUACUGCCUUGUGAACUAGGUUUACCUCUUGUGUCACUUUACAGCUGUAGCUGUCUUCAGACGGAAAGGUCCAGAAUGUGCUGUGUGUUUGGCCUUUUCCCCUUCCCCUCCCAUAGAGGAGAACAAGGAACGGAAAGUUGCACACUGACACCAAGCUGCAUUCAGAGAACGUGUGCACUUAUCUGAAAUCUACUGUUAGUUUUUUGUUUUGUUUUUUUGUUUUUAUUUUAAUUGGGAGGGCGGUUCAGAGCAAACGUAUGCUCAAAUACUGCAAGACCAGUCACACGGGCCGACACUGAUACCCAGUGGCCAAUGGACAGAACAACAGCUGGAAGGACUGAGGCAGUGCUGAGAUGGUUUGGUCCAUUGACAAGGAGAAGCCUUAGCUCUGCUUCUGCGUUCCUUCUGUCCCCUCUGUGUCUUUACUACAGGAGAUUCUGCUUGGCAGCAGGAGUAUUUGUUGCCGUGUUACAGUACAGAAUGCCCUUGGAGGCGGCGUUGGACUUGGUCCUAGCCUUUAACAAGUACUUAUGAGCCGCUUCACAUUGUAAUGUUUUCAGCGGUAGAGAGACAGCACUUGUAGCGUUUAGUAAUGCAGAUCUCAGUACUCGUGGGUCUGUAGGAUGUGCCUUGGCUCACAGCCUGGCUGUAGAGAAUAGUCACUUUAGUGUUAAGCCGGGUAUUUCACAAAGCUGUCUAACUCCCUAAGCUUGACUUCUGUACUGAGUAAAACCUGGAACCCCCUCAAAUAUGGAACAUGGACUAAAGUAAAAAAAUAACUUCCAGGUUUUACUCAGCGCGGAAGUCCAGCAUGCUCAGAUAGCCAGCUUCAUGAAAUACAUCUGAGGCAUCUUCAGGUGCUUUCUCUGUCAUGGUGAAAUACUGCAUGAUCCUGAAUCUACCUCUAAAUUGAUCUAGGAAUCUUCAGUGCUUUAUUUUUUGGCCGUAGAAAAGAUCUGUCCCAGCCCAGGUGGCUGACGGCUGGUGUUUGUGAUGGCCAUGACUCCUGAACCUGCUUCCUGAAACCGCGAUGUUUGAAAAUGACAGAAUGUGGAAGGGAGGCACGGUUAAUCAUGAUAAACAUUUUUCCCCUCGGAAUGCAGUUUUACUUCUGAUGAAAAACGGGCUGCUGCAUGUUCAGGCAGUUUUUUGGUUGACUUGAACUUCUCUCUUUCUUCUUAUCUUAUUUUUGUGGUUGUGCGGAGCCAUCAUCACUUCCAGACCACCAUGUUUUGCUGUGGUUGUCUGUGCGUUUUGUGUGGUUAUUGCACAUCUGCGCUUGAGGGCACAAGAAGGUCAGGCAGCCUCAGGUGAACCCAGCCUUUCCCCCGUGUCAGACUGUCAGGGAGGGAGGAGACCCCUCUCUAAUCUGCUGAUGUUUCUGAGGAGGAGACUAAUGUAGUCUGUACGCUCUUUCCAGCUGUGGCUUCAGUGUGUAAGGAGAGGACAGGCCGGUUUCUAAAAAAGGAGAGCACAUUGUCUUUUUUUUGUUAGUUUUUUUGCUAAGCUCAUGAAUUUGUAAAUUUAAUGUACUGGAGGUAGGGGCGAGAAGCAGAUUUAAGUGUGUUGUCCAGAGUUGAGGAAAAGCAUGCUGCACUUAGACUGAACCUACAUCAGAUUUCUCCUGUAGGUUCAGACCCACAGAGCACGAGAGGCGAAAAAGUAUAUAUAUAAAUAAAACGAAUGGAACCGGCUUCUGUGCUAUAGUGAUGAUCUAAAAGUCAUAUCAUAUUACAAAUAUAUAAUUGAACCUGUUUUUAUAAAUUAAUAACGAAGAUAUACUCAAUGAUAACAUUGAGGCUAUCUUGAAGAGAGCACACGGCAAGAGUCACCCAAGGUCAGAUCUUUGUGGGAAAAGUUGCUAAGGUAACUAAUUCACCAAAACCGGAAACUAUUUCCUUUGCAAGGGUCUGCUUCAUUUUGUCACUGUGGAAGCACUCGAUUGUGGGUGCUCCUGGCAGUGUAGAUUUAGCAUGUGGGUCACCCUUCGAAGUUUACACUUAAAUUCAAAAUGUUACUUUGAACUUGUGCCUGACAUGGUCAUAAUGUCUAAUGGUUUGAUGGGGUCUCCAGUAUUGGACCUUUGCAUUCAGUAAUAGGUGUCUUCCUUCUUGGACUAUUUUGGUGUUUGAAAUUCGAACCCUUAAAAUGAAACGAGUCUGUGCAAAUACACAUACCAUGGAUUUCUUCUCCCAGAAAGGAAUGUAAGGCAUGUUAUAUUUUGUGAAAUGUGGAAUUGUGAAUACUUCCAUGAAGGUUACGUGUUUUAUGUUAAAAAUAUGAAUUGAGGAUGUUUAGUCCCCAGGGUGCCAAAGUCCUUCAGUGUGAGCGAGGGACUCGCACAAGUGCUACUCUGGUGUUGUCACGCAGACCAGUCUGACUGCAUUUUAAAAUGUGUUUUCCCACUUCAAUUCUGUCUUCUCAGAGUUCAGGGCUGAAAAACACUGCAGUUAGUGUGAAAACAUUCCUGCCCUGGUCCAUUUAGCUAGUUGGUUAGUCUUUUGGUAUAAGGGCACUAACGAACAGGUAGUGUUACUAAUGGUAGGUAGGUGUUGGGUUGGUGACAAGCAGAUGUAGGUAGGUGUUUGGUUCGUCAGAGGUAUCGGUUAGAUGUUUGGUUAGUGAGAGGCAGUGGUUAGGUGUUGAGUUAGUGAGAGGUAUAGGUAUGUUCUGUAGGCUAAAUGUUACAGGCUGUUUCUCAGGGUCACUUUGAAGCCAUAUUUGCACACAUGCAUUCCAAUAGCAGGUAAUGGAAUCCCAGAUGAGUGAGACCUGUAGAGGUGUACAGGUACGUUUUCCAUGGAUUCUGCUGUUACAGUUUUGAGAUUUCUGCUCCCGUCUGUAGUGACCGGAUAGGUUGCAUUAUGCCAUUCCUGACCUUGACUGCGUUCAUGUCACAGCCUUGCUUGUCAACCAGAUGUGCUCAGUCUCUUAACAGCAGUUCGAUUUUACUGCUGCCAUUUUCCUAUUGUUUUGUUUGUUUGUUUUUCUAUUUUUUUGCAUUAAAAAAAACUUUUAAGUG